GAGCGUAGUGGGUGUUAGGUUUAGUCUUUAUCUUAAAGUGUUAUGCAUUACUUAUUGUGCAGGGUUUAGCUUCGUUCUAUAUAUUGCCAGAAUGUGGAAAAGUUUAAGCAGGAAAACGGUGCUUUCUGUAGCGGGAGCGACAGUCACCUGUGUGGCGCUGCUGGUGGUGUUGACCCAGCAGCGGAGUACGGAUGAGGAUGUAGGGAUGCGCUCCCUUCGGAGCGUGGAGGAGGCAGAGAUGGAUGCAGAGGCACAAACAGAUCAAGCAGCACAGAACGGAGAAAAGAAGGGAUUCAGCGCCUAUUUUUCCAAACUGACUCGGAGCAGGAGAGAAGCAGAGAAACCUAGCGCGGCUGGUACUGCCACCCCGAAUUCUCUGCCAGCUGAAGAACUGAGCGCUGAUGAUCUUUUCAUAGCUGUAAAAACCACCAAAAAGUUCCACCAGUCCCGACUAGAUCUGCUUCUGAACACAUGGAUUUCAAGAAACAUGCAACAGACGUACAUCUUCACAGACGGGGAGGAUGAGGAACUGAAGAAAAAAAUGGAAAACCACGCCAUCAACACUAACUGCUCCGCCGCUCAUAGUCGUCAGGCUCUGUCCUGCAAGAUGGCUGUGGAAUAUGACAAGUUUAUUGAGUCAGGCAAAAAGUGGUUCUGCCAUGUGGACGAUGACAACUAUGUGAAUGUCAAGACACUUGUCACACUGCUCUCACAGUACCCUCACACUCAGGACUUGUACAUUGGCAAACCCAGCCUGGAUCGGCCAAUAGAGGCCACCGAAAGACUUGGUGACAAUAAGAUGCGACCUGUGAAUUUCUGGUUUGCCACCGGAGGAGCAGGUUUCUGCGUGAGCCGUGGUCUGGCCCUUAAGAUGAGCCCAUGGGCAAGUGGUGGUCACUUCAUGAACACGGCUGAAAAGAUCCGUCUCCCUGAUGACUGCACCAUUGGGUACAUCAUUGAGUCAGUUUUGGGGGUUCCUCUAACACGAAGCAAUCUGUUCCACUCCCAUUUGGAGAACCUCCAACAGGUUUCCAAAUCAGAAGUACAAAAACAGAUCACAUUAAGUUACGGAAUGUUUGAGAACAAGAGGAAUAUCAUCAACAUGAAAGGAGCUUUCUCAGUUGAUGAGGACCCUUCCAGGUUUAAGUCUGUGCACUGUCUGCUCUAUCCGGACACGCAGUGGUGUCCUCAGGUUACCUACUAAGGCGACCAGCUCCUCCCUUGUAUCCUCGUCCUGAUUGUGCCUCGGUAUCUGAAAGGCACUAGGGACCAGUGUGGUAUUGGCCCAUGUGGCUGCCGUGUUUUUCACUGUGUGCAACGUGGCCUCUCGUGGUUUUAACUGGGCUGCUGUGCGGCCAGACUUCGGACAUUUCCUUCCUUUCUGAUGUGAAAGCUUCCUGACUUAGGUCCCUUGAAGUGGGGCCCAGGACCUUUCAGGAAAAGGCUUUCAGCAUCAAGCUUCACAGGCAAUCAGCUGCGCUUACGUCCUACAUGUUGCUUGUAUCCCAUUUGCAAUUCUCAUAGAAUGUGUUUAUAAUCUGUCCAAGCCUUUCUUGCCAGCUUUACUUGCUUAGUUUAAGAUAUCGCUUUUUAAUUUUCCAAAUUCAAGAUCCUUCCUUUCAGGUUUGAU